UUACAGGUGGACACCUGAAAAAAAAAAAGAAUGAACAGUGACCCUUAGCCCUAAAUGUUGGCUUAUUUUCCGCUUUGUCGUAUCUGCAAUGGAGCAUAUGGCUAAUCUGUUGAAUCCUGAGUGACAGGACCCUGUCAUCAAAGAUGGAGAAAAAACGGAGGAAGAAAUGAGGCUGAUUACUAGGCUUCGUCAGGAAAGACUAUGCAGGCAAGACUUUUGCUUGGUUGGACAAAACAUUAGGACUGUCAGCUUAAAGAGCACUUAGAAGAGCCGCUUUCCCCGAAAUCCAGGGACUGAGGGAGAGAAAGAACUGAUUCAUGGAGAAGCACCGUGUGAAUUGAAUCCAUGGAAAUUUGGGAAUGAAAGCAUAUUCUUUCCUGACCAUGAGGCUUGCAAACACCUGUUUGUUUCUGACUGCGAUCUUACUCUGUGGCAAACAGCACCUGGGCACUAGACUGGGGAAUUCAUCUCACGACAGCCAUUUAUGUCCUGAGUGCUCUCAUCUGACACUCAAAGUGGAAUUCUCUUCAGCCGUUGUAGAACAUGAAUACAUUGUGGCUUUCAACGGCUACUUUUCAGCCCAGGCGAGAAGCAAAUUUAUUUCGAGAGCACUGAAGAGCAGCGACAUAGAGAACUGGAGGAUCGUGCCCCGCAACAACCCAGCCAGCAAUUACCCCAGUGACUUUGAGGUGAUCCAGAUCGACGAGAAACAGAAGGUGGGAGUGCAGACGCUCGAAGACCAUCCCAAUAUCAAACGAGUUACCCCGCAAAGGAAAGUCUUUCGCUCGCUUAAGUACACUGAAACAGAUCCAGCCUUUCCCUGUAACGAGACCAGAUGGACGCAGAAGUGGCAAUCGUCCCGCCCCCUCAGGAGGGCAAGCUUGUCUCUGGGUUCUGGGUUUUGGCACGCGACGGGCAGGCACUCCAGCAGGCGCCUGCUAAGGGCAAUACCUCGGCAGGUGGCGCAGACGCUUCAGGCAGAUGUGCUCUGGCAAAUGGGUUUUACAGGAGGUGGUGUAAGAGUGGCUGUCUUUGAUACGGGACUCAGCGAGAAACAUCCACACUUCAAAAAUGUGAAAGAGAGGACAAAUUGGACAAAUGAGAGAACUUUGGAUGAUGGCCUGGGCCAUGGGACGUUUGUGGCCGGUGUGAUCGCUAGCAUGAGAGAGUGCCAAGGAUUUGCUCCAGACUCUGAACUGCACAUAUUCAGGGUCUUCACUAACAAUCAGGUUUCAUAUACGUCUUGGUUUUUGGAUGCCUUUAACUAUGCUAUCUUAAAGAAGAUUGAUGUGUUGAACCUUAGCAUUGGAGGCCCAGAUUUUAUGGACCACCCAUUCGUAGACAAGGUGUGGGAAUUGACAGCCAAUAAUGUGAUCAUGGUCUCUGCUAUUGGAAAUGAUGGUCCUUUGUACGGCACCCUCAACAAUCCAGCUGACCAAAUGGAUGUGAUUGGAGUUGGUGGCAUUGACUUUGAAGAUAAUAUUGCUCGGUUCUCCUCCAGAGGGAUGACCACAUGGGAACUUCCUGGAGGUUAUGGGAGAGUCAAACCCGAUAUAGUGACUUAUGGCUCUGGAGUGAGAGGGUCUGGCAUGAAGGGUGGUUGCCGUUCGCUCUCUGGGACGAGCGUGGCCUCUCCAGUUGUGGCAGGCGCUGUCACGCUCCUAGUAAGCACAGUUCAGAAGCGUGAAAUGGUGAAUCCAGCUAGCAUGAAGCAAGCUCUGAUUGCCUCAGCACGGCGGCUUCCUGGGGUCAACAUGUUUGAACAAGGACACGGCAAACUUGAUCUUCUCAGAGCCUAUCAAAUUCUCAACAGUUACAAGCCGCAGGCCAGCCUGAGUCCAAGCUACAUCGAUCUGACAGAAUGUCCUUACAUGUGGCCAUAUUGCUCUCAGCCCAUAUACUACGGAGGCAUGCCCACAAUUGUCAAUGUCACCAUCUUGAAUGGAAUGGGAGUCACUGGAAGAAUUGUAGACAAGCCGGACUGGCAACCGUAUUUACCGCAGAACGGAGAUUACAUUGAGGUGGCGUUUUCCUAUUCUCCUGUUUUAUGGCCUUGGUCAGGGUAUCUUGCCAUUUCCAUCUCUGUAGCAAAGAAAGCAGCGUCUUGGGAAGGCACAGCACAGGGACACGUCAUGAUCACCAUUUCUUCCCCAGCAGAAAAUGAGUCAAAAGUUGGUGCGGAACAAACUUCAACCGUGAAACUCCCCAUAAAAGUGAAAAUUGUCCCAACCCCCCCUCGGAAUAAGCGGAUCUUGUGGGAUCAGUAUCACAAUCUUUGCUAUCCACCAGGAUAUUUUCCAAGGGAUAAUUUGAGAAUGAAGAACGAUCCAUUAGAUUGGAAUGGUGACCACAUUCAUACCAACUUCAGAGAUAUGUACCAGCAUCUGAGAAGUAUGGGUUAUUUUAUUGAAGUACUUGGUUCACCGUUUACCUGCUUUGAUGCCAGUCAGUAUGGGACAUUAUUGAUGGUGGACAGCGAGGAAGAGUAUUUUCCAGAAGAAAUUAUUAAGCUGAGAAGGGAUGUUGACAAUGGACUAUCGCUUGUAGUAUUCAGUGAUUGGUACAAUACUUCUGUGAUGAGAAAAGUCAAGUUUUACGAUGAAAAUACAAGGCAGUGGUGGAUGCCAGAUACUGGAGGAGCGAAUAUCCCAGCACUAAACGAUCUUCUAUCCGUCUGGGGCAUGGCCUUUAGCGAUGGGCUCUAUGAAGGAGAUUUUACCUUGGAAGGCCAGGAAAUGAAUUAUGCCUCAGGAUGUAGUAUUGCGAAAUUUCCAGAAGAUGGCAUUGUAAUUGCACAGACUUUUAAGGAUCAAGGUCUUGAAGUCUUAAAGCAGGAGACGGCAAUAGUUGAACACGUUCCCAUUUUGGGCCUCUUCCAAGUUCCUUCAGAAGGCGGGGGCAGGAUAGUUUUGUACGGGGAUUCGAACUGCCUGGAUGACAGCCACCGGCAGAAAGAUUGCUUUUGGCUCCUUGAUUCCAUCCUGCAAUAUACGUCAUACGGAGUGAUGCCACCAAGCCUCAGUCAUUCGGAAAACAGGCAGCGGCCCCCGACUGGGACAGGUUAUAUUCUUCCACAGAGAAUGGAAGGGAACCACCUUCAUCGCUACUCCAAAGUGCUCGAGGCUCACUUGCGUGACCCCAAACCGCGCUCUCUUCCAGCAUGUCCUCAUUUGUCCUGGGCAAAGCCACAACCUCUGAACGAAACAGCGCCCAGCAACCUUUGGAAACAUCAGAAGUUAUUAUCGAUUGACCUGGACAAAGUGGCCUUGCCAAGUUUCCAUCAGAACCGACCCCAAGUCAGGCCGUUAUCACCUGGAGAGAGUGGAGCAUGGGAUAUUCCAGGAGGAAUAAUGCCUGGGCGCUACAAUCAGGACGUGGGAGGGACGAUUCCCGUCUUUGCCUUCCUUGGCGCCAUGGUGGUUCUGGCAUUUUUUGUGGUCCAAAUCAAAUCUAAGAGCAGGCCAAAGCGACGGAAACUUCGAGUGAAACGGCCACAAAUUAUACAACAGGGUCACCCUCCAAAGACACCUUCUGUUUGAUUGCUGUAGCCAAAGACGAUCUCCUCUCGCUGACCGCUUUGUGGAAUUGUGAUCAACGGCUAAAGAAGGUUGACCCGACCGAGCAGCUGGGACUGGUAGACACAACCUUCUCCUUUCGUCUUUGGCUACUGACGAGGGACAACUCCGCGGAUGAUCUUCAGAUUAAGAAACACCCUGUUCUUUUCAGUAGCUGAACUGACCAAAGGCAUAAACACUGUUUAAGAAGGAAUCAGUUGCUUCUGAUUCUGGAAAGGACCUUUUUUUUUUCCUUUGACAUUGACCAAACCUUUUCAUUAGAGGCUAUUUUCUGUAUUUAUUUUCAGAGGGACCAGGGGAAGAUCCUCAUCAAGGCCCUUGACUCAUGGGUGGCAGCACCGUUUUUUUCCUGAGUGGAGAGCCGUUUUUUAUGCUCUCUCUUAUGAAGAUAAAUAGAAUUCUUGCCAUCCCCCCGUCGGGAUGGGAAAGAAACCGACCACUGGAACAAACUAGGAACAAAUCAGUGUGGCUGAUUUGCCUGAUCAGUGUGGAUCUGUAGCCCUUUCAUUUAUUUUUAUAAAGCAACUUACCAUGAUGUUUUGUAAUUCUUCAGCAUGAUUUCACCAUUGCUGGUGGAUAAAUUUUUUCAAUAAAUAUGUUAUCUAUAUUGAA